GUGGUAUGCUCCGAACCAGCCGGAAGCCGCUUGCAACAUUGGUGCAGGCGUUCGGAGCACGUGGGGGCGGGGCGGUCCGGGGGCUGCGGCUGCGGGCAGCGCCUUGCGGAUGCAGUGCCUUGGGUUGAGCAUCUGGGCACCUGGCGGUGAUCUCUGAUUCGCCCAUCGCUGCUGGCCGUUCCCGCCAUGUUCGGCUCAUCCCGCGGAGGUGUGAGGGGGGGACAGGACCAGUUCAACUGGGAGGAUGUGAAGACGGAUAAGCAGCGGGAGAACUAUCUGGGGAAUUCCCUCAUGGCUCCGGUGGGAAGGUGGCAGAAGGGGAAGGACCUCACAUGGUAUGCGAAGGGGAAGAAGGAGGGCGUGCAGAUGUCCCGGGAAGAAGAGUUGGCUGCUGUCCGGCUGGCCGAACAGGAGGCCAUGAUGGCAGCACUAGGCUACAAGAAUAUGAAGAGACACCCCACCGGCCUGAGCAAAGAGGACCUGGCCGAGGUCUGUAAGCGCGACGGAGUGGAACAUGAGGAUAAGGAUGUGGAUCGUGUGGUGGGGCUGGGGAGCUCAAGCGGCUGUUCCGGCAGAAUGACGCUUUCCAGAGAAGACAAAGAGGCUGCCAAGCUGGGGCUUUCUGUGUUCACGCAUCACAAAGUAACCGAGAAUCCAGAGACUUCCAGCACAAAGAGGAAGCAGGACAAGGAAGAAAAAGCAGAAGAGAAAAGGCCUGAGAGCAGCAAGAAAUCCAAAAAGGAGAAGAAGAAAAAGAAGAAGAAAAAGCAUAAGAAGGAGAAGAAGAAGAAGGAAAAAGAGAAACAUCACAAGAAAGAGACUGCCGCCUCUUCUUCUGCCUCCUCUCCAGACCAUGAGGAGAGGAGGAGGAGGAAAACCCCUUCCCCCAAGGACCAUUCAUCAUCCUCCCAGCGGGCUGGAGCUGGCCGCCGUGACAGUCAUUCAUCACCCAAAGCAGAGGCACAGAGACGGCCCAGCAGGCGACGGCAUGACACAGACUCCUCCAGCAGCCCCCCUCGCCGCGCAGCUCACAGGAGGGGCAGCAGCGACAGCCCCAGCCGCCAUUCACCCCCAGCAAGGAAGAGGAGCAGAAGCAGGACCCCUCCAGCACGCGGCGCCAAGCGGCGGCACGACACCGAUUCAGACGACUGAUUCGGGGCGGGCAGGGGUGGGGGUCCAACACUGCGGUCGCCUUGUUUCACAGGGAGCCUGUCUGGAUAACAGCAAUGAGGCCAGACCUCCAGCUGAUGCAAGCCAGUGCAACUCGGACCUUACUGUGUGACCCCAGGCCUUUGAGUGGCUCUCAAGCUUCCCCAGCUGAGAGUCUGGCCCAGGGAUUUUUAAUGCCUGUCUCUGUUAUCAGUUUGCACCUUUUUGGAUGGUGCCAGCAGCUGUUAAAGCACAGAUGCUUUAGCUAGGGCUGCCCUGAUGUGCUCUGCUGGCUGGGGCUUGCAGGGAGGGAAUCGUUCUUUGUUCUGCUUUGGCCCAUUGUAGGCACUUACCUUAGCAAAAAUUCUCCUUUGCUGCUGGGACAGUGCCCACACUGGAAGGAUGGUGCUGGUAACACUUCUAAGGUAGACUAGCUCUUGGGCUAAGAUAGAUGAGCUCUUGGCCAAGGAUGCUGCCCUGCUCUGGUCUUUGGCUCGCUGACUCUCGUGGGAGAUCCCAGCCAUGCUGGGAUCUUCACUCAAGGGUGACAGAAUCACAGUCUUAGUUUUGGAAUAUCUAUUUCUUAAUAGCCAACAAAAGGGCUUGUUGGGAAGUCUUACUUCCUGUAGGAAGUGUGUGUAGCUUGCCACAUGGGCAAGGCCAUUGGACUGAGAAGGCAGUGGUUUUUGGUCCAUCUGAACGUCCAAGACCCCAGCGGGAUGCAGCUGGAACAGCAUGAGCUUUUACACCAAAGGAGUCAUUGUGCAUGGGACCCCUAGGAGUGCACAGCAAGAAGUUUAUAGAUGUGGUUUUUAACCUGCUGCUGUGUAUUAAAAUCCCACAAAUGGCUUCUAAUGAAGAAUUUAGGGGGAGUGAAGGAGCUUUUGUGACUCCAAAGUAAUGCUCCCUAAAUAUAAGGGAACUUUCACCUUUGGAUGAACAGCAUCCCUCUUCCCUCAGGGGUUCCUGGAUAUGAGUUGGGGUCAGGAUGCGUCUCCAGAACUGCGCCCCAAUUCGAGGCUGGUGUCACUUGCAUGGGUCUGUUGACUUCCAGGAAGCCAUGCCCACAUCACAUAGAGGAGGGCAUUUUCUGCUGAAUCCAUGCCAGGGCAGAAGUUCCCAGCUGUAGGCUGAACUAGCUGCGGCUGUAACAAUAUACCUGUGGCCCUAGAUAUGUUGCCUGUGUACUGCCUCUUUGGGCACACGUGCUAUGCCAUUCUCCUAACAGUUAGAUGGUCAAGACAUUGUCAAGCUUGGCUGUGUUGGAAAACUAUGGAAGGUUUUGAAUGGAGCUGGAAAUCUCUGGCCCAUUUGCAUCGCAAGGCAGACAGUGCCGAGGUGUCCCUGUUAUAAGCCUCGACAGAGACCGAGCACUGAGCCUCUCUAGGACUGAAGGCCCACUCUGAACGGAGUCGUGCUGGUGGGACAGGGGAAUUGUGCAGGUGUGGGGUAGUUAAGAGGCCGAGGGAACACAGUGCAUUUCCAUGGCAUGCUCUCUGUUUUGCUUGGACAGAGCAGAUGCAACUGCAGUGCUGGGAACUAUCCUAGGUCUGGUCUCAUAUGCCUUGCUGUAGCGGAAAAGGGUUUUCCAGCACGGACUGAGCAUCUGAGCUGCUAUUUCCCUCAUAGCAAAUGGUUGCAGAUCUGUUCUCAUGCGGGCUGUAAAAGGGAAUGUGGAUGCCUGCUCUCAGCUGUAUGUCAUGCAUCAAAGGGCUGGUAAUCCAAGGUUUGGUGGGGUUAAUAACUGGGAUUGGAUGGUGGUGGGAAGAACCAACCAAGAUGCACUGGGGAUGGACUUGUACCCUUGGACCUUUCCUUGACACGCAAUUACAGCCAGGUCAGCAGAGCUGGUGGGAAGGCAGCUCGUUCUUCCGUCUGGUCUGAAUGUGUAGUGUGCAGGGUACCCGACCCUUUCCUUACAGUAGGCAGCCCCCUACCCUGAGGGGAUGUGUAGCCUAGAGGAGACUGGCCCAAGGCCGCACAGCAGGUCAGUGGCAGAGACUGGAUUACAAUCAAGAUGGGGUUAGACUCGCAUCUGGUGCCUUAAGCCUGGGAUUGUGCUGCCUCCGCUGUGGAAGCAUGGCCUGGGUGAGCACAGAUGUGGUUCCCUAAUGAAAAGGCCCCUGUCCUUUUUGUUUUUUCUUGCAACCUGAGUUACUCUUGGGGCCACUGCAACAUAGCCAGAAGUGCCAGCAGGAGAAAGGUGGCAGCAUGCGGGAUGCCUGGUAGGCAGGUGUCUGCUUCUUUCCAGCUCUCAUCACAUUGCCCCUGUUACUACCCUAAGCAAGGUCAGCAAGGAGGCGAGUCCCCACAGCCUGUAUGUUACUUGAGCUUUUGCAUUGCCAGAAAGGAGGGGAGGGUCCCUGCUUGAAGUACCUUGGCAGGGCAUUGUUUUGGGAAUGGUAAGAGCUUGUGCAGCCACUGCCCAUGUUCUCUCUGUCUGGUUAGAGCUUGUGCAGCCACUGCCCAUGUUCUCUCUGUCUGGUUAUUUUCUGUCAUUCAUGCCAAAUUCACCUUGUCUAGGGUGUGGUAUUCAAACUUGCCUGCCACGGCUGUCUGGAGUUGGACCGGGGAGACGUGUCCCCACCCUGAUCUUCUAUCCAGCAGGGAAGUGCCGCAGGAUGAAACCCUGGGGCCAGAGCACUAGGCAGAGACAGGGAACGCGCAGCUCCGGUUUUUCAGGUUUUAUGGUAGGUAGGAUGAAUUACGACUGCAGAAGGAAGCCAAGCUGACACCUAGCCUUUGAAACAAGCCAGUGAUUCAGCUGCAAAGUCACCAGGGCAGGUGCCUCUCGGGCUUUUCUUGUCAUUAUAUGUAGGUUAUGCCAACCGUCUAGCUCUUGCUUUGCACGGCUUGAUUUGGAUAACUGGACCAAAAUUCCCCCAGGAGCCUGCUGCUGUUCCAAACACCCUGUUUGUGCGGCAUUCAAAUCUAGCAUAUUUUUUUCUUCCUUACAAUGAGUUCAGUGCUAAGCAAAGUGCAGCAGUCACGGCUCCUUCUGCUUGUGCACCAGACAGGCAUGUAGAGAGUAGCAAUAGUCUAUAGGAGGAAGAAAACUUGUUCAGUUCAUAGAUUCAUAGAUGUUAGGGUCAGAAGGGACCUCAAUAGAUCAUCGAGUCCAACCCCCUGCAUAAGCAGGAAAGAGUGCUGGGUCUAGAUGACCCCAGCUAGAUACUCGUCUAACCUCCUCUUGAAGACCCCCAGGGUAGGGGAGAGAUCAUGGUGAGAUUUCUUGGAGCUGGUCAAGGUACAGGACCAGUAAGUGAUAAUGGGGCUGUUUGGUUUGUUUUUAGGGUUUUUUUUUCUCCUCCAUAGCUUUUAAAGGCCACAAUGAACAUGCAGCCUAACCCUAGCAAUUCAGGGUGUCAGGGAUGUGGUUUCUUGUCCACUUUAGUGUCAUGUCGCACUGCAGAUCCUUGUUAAAAAUGGCAAUUACAGCUACAGCCAGACUUCUGCAAAGUGUACCAGCUUUGCCUGUGCGCUGAGGGCUGUGUGCUUGUCUACAACCCGAAAGUGCAAAGACACCUACAGCCUGGGUAAGGGUACUGGACAUAUUUAAAUGGCAAACUGGGCUGAGGGCCAGAUCCAGUAACCUUGGUGGCACUUUUAGGAACCUGUCCACCUCUGCUUGGAAUCGAGAGUCCCCAAAAUAGCCCGCAGGAACCAGGGAGAUGCCUCAAGCUGGCAUUCGUAGCAUGCAGCUGCCUGUAGGAACUGCUGAAAGUAGGGGCGAGUCUUAAAUUGCCACCCAUCAGGUGCAUUUACUGCAAGGAGAUGCCUCAUUCCUUGGGGGGCCGCAGGCCUGAGCUCUCUCCUGGUGCUUGGCAUCUGCGUGCUUGGUAAGCAGAGCUGCCCGUCUUGUUUUUGAAGGAUGGCCAGUGCUGCUGCUGUCCUUGCCACCUCUGCCACUUGGAGAGUAGCCAAGUGCUUGCACCCAGGACAGGGGAGACUUGGGCUUAAUGCCUCUUCCUCUGCCUGGGGCAAUCCACACCCAGGCCUCCUAUUUCUCAGGAAGGUCCUUACCACUGGAUCAGGGGCUGUUUUAACUGGAACUGCUUUUCCUGCUAGAGCCAGCCUGCUGGGCAGGACAGUGCAAGAUGUAGGGGCCGGAGGAAGCAGAGGAGGGAGCCUGGCUGUAGCCUAGACUAGAGGCUUGCACACUUGGUUGGAAUGGGUCUAGAUUACAGUCCGUGUUCCCAUAAAAUCAUAGAAAAUGAGGGUUGGAAGGGACCUCAUCAUCUAGUGUAACCCCCUGCUCAAAGCAGGACCAUCCCCAACUACAUCACCCCAGCCAAGGUUUUGUCUAGCCGGGUCUUAAAAACCUCCAAGGACGGAGUCCACCACCUCUCCGGGUAACCUGGUCCAGUGUUUUACUAUCCUGCUAGUGAGAGUUUUUCCUGCUGUCUAACCUCAACUUCCCUCGCUGCAGCUUGAGCCCAUCGCUCCUUGUUCUGCCAUCUGCCCCCACUGAGCACAGUCCAGCUCCAUCCUUUUUGCACCCCCUUGCAGGGAGUCGAAGGCUGCUAUUAAAUCCCACCUCUGUCUUUUGCAGACUAAAUACGCCCAGUUCCUCGUCCUUUCCUCAUCAUGACUGUAUAUGUUUGUGCUUUCAUCAUAGAUUCAUAGAAGUCGGGUCGGAAGGGACCUUGUAGAUCUAGUCCGACCCCCUGCCCUGGGCAGGAGAGAAAACUGGGCUCAAAUGACCCCGGCCAGGUAGGCAUCAAGCCUCCUUUUGAAGACCCCCAGGGUAGGAGCCAGCACCACUUCCCUUGGAAGUUGGUUCCAGAUCCUAGCCACCCUGUUUGAGAAGUAGCGCCUCCUGAUGUCUAGCCUGAAUCUGCUCUCUAACAAUUUGUGGCUGUUGUUCCUUGUUACCCUGGGGGGUGCUCGGGGGAUCAGGGUCUCUCCCAAACCCUGCUAGUCCACCCUCGUGAGUUUAUAGAUGGCCACCAGGUCCCCCCUCAGCCUCCUCUUGUGGGGGCUGAACAGGUUCAGGUCCCGUAGCCUCUUAUUGUAGGGUCUGCCCUGCUGCCUCCUGACGAUGCAGGUGGCCCUCUGGGCCCUCUCCAUGCUGUCCACAUCCCUCCUGAAGUGCAGCACCCAGACCUGGAUGCAGUACUCCAACUGCAGCCUGACCAGUGUCGCGUAGAGGGGGAGGAUCACCUCCUUGGACCUGCUCGUGAUGCACCUAUGGAUGCAGGACCAGGUAUGGUUAGCUCUACUGACCGUGUCCUCGCGUUGCCAGCCCAUGUUCAUCUUGGAGUCAUUACUGACUCCAAGGUCUCUUUCUGCCACCGUGCUCUCGAGAAGGGAGUUUCCCAGCUUGUAAGUGUGCUGCUGGUUCCCACUGCUGAAGUGCAGCACCUUGCACUUGUCAGUAUUGAAUCUCAUCCUAUUUUCGUUAGCCCACCCCUGUAACCUGUCCAGGUCCUGCUGUAAUCUGUCCUUUCCUUCUAGCGUGCCCAUCUCACCCCAAUCCUUGGUCUCAUCAGCAGUUUGAACAGGGUGCUUUUUACCCUGUUGUCCAAGUCACUAAUAAAGAAAUUGAACAGUGCAGGCCCAAGGACUGAGCCCUGGGGGACUCCGCUGCCCACUUCCCCCCAGGUCAAAUAUGACCCGUCCACCACCACCCUCUGAGUACGACCCUUCAGCCAAUUUGCAAUCCAUCUGACCGUGUAGGCAUCAAUGCCACAGUUGCCUAGUUUUUUAAUGAGGAUUGGGGUGGUCGACAGUGUCAAAGGCCUUGCUGAAGUCCAGAAAGACUACUUCCACCGUGACACCUGCAUCCAAUGCUUUUGUGACCUGAUUGUAAAAGGCAAUCAGGUUGGUCUGACAUGACCUGCCCCUAAUGAAACCGUGCUGGUUGCCCUUGAGCAUCAUCCCCGAUGCCGGCCCAUCACAGAUGUGCUCCUUGAUUUCAAAGAGUUUCCCCAGGAUUGAAGUAAGACUAAUGAGCCUAUAGUUGCCCGGAUCCUCCCUCUUCCCUUUUUAUUGGGACUAUGUGGUUUUUAGCGCCAGGACUGUCUUUUGUGCAUGCACAUAACAGAGCCCUGGUCCAGUGGGGACCUUGGGGUACUACCCUCCCACACAGUGGUGCGAGCAGGGUGCAGGGAGCCAAGAGGCCUGUUCUCUGCUCGCCUGACUCAAGCCAUUUCAUAACCCCUUAGCUGAAACCCUGAGUUGAGCAAGGCUUUCACUCCGUAUGCAACGGUGAGCAACCAGGAACCUCGUCUGUAGCUGUGCCGGGGGCUGGCUGCUGAGCCAGGUUGUUCGGUCCAAAGUGCAGGCUGAGGCACAGGGAAGAAGGAGCUAGUCUGAUUUGCAAGCAAGCCCACAGGGAGAAGGUGCAAGCUGGCAGGAUGAAUAGGUGUACUGGAGGUGUUUUAUUUCUUAUUUUUUAAUAUGAAUUUGAAUCUCAGUCAGUGGGCUGAAGGGCUGGGGCCUUCAAGGGUGGCGCCGGGGUGCUGAGAGGAGGAGGAGGAUCGUUUCUGCUUAGCCUUCGCAGACGUGAUGAUGAAUUUGGGCUGGAAGUUGGGAGAGAGCUCCUGGAGGGAGGUGCUAAGGCAGAUGCAAAGCAUCUGGGGAGAUCUGGAGGAUCCUUUUUGGGAUGGUUAACACUAGACCAACCCAAGGACUCUAGUAGGUGGGUCACAGCACAACCCAAAGCUAGAUUAAGGCAUGCCAUGUCACCCACUGCACCCGAGCGACGGUGUGGCAUUGCCCUUGAGUGUCCCAGGGUCUCGGCUUUCUCACAGGGGCAGGGCCUGCGGGGAAAGGGGGCUGCUUUUCUUCCCUGAAUGUUUCCCAGCCAGGGAGAGGAACAACGCCACCCUGACAGGCGGUGCCGGCCCCAUCACCUCCACUCAAUGUGGGUUAUUGCCUGUCAAUGAGCGCCGCCUUGCUCCCCUCCACCCCUCCCCGGCGCUCCCACCGGCUGCCUGAGAUCCCAGGGCUGAGCUGACUCGUGGGAUAAAUAUGGUCCCCAACCAGGCCCGCUAUUGUCUGCCUCCAAUUCAUCCUUGGCGUCAAGGCUUGAUUUUUAUGGUUGUCGUGCACGCCAGCCAGUGGGCCGCCGCUUUCCGAAUGGCAGAAGGUCAAUUAAAAGAAGGCAACGAGAGCCAUCUCCCCUCUGGGGGAGGCCUUUGAGCGCUGGACCUUUUUUGUGAAUCAGUCCCAUUGUCAGCUGGAAAUGAGAGGGGCUGAGAAGGGAAGGAGCUAAUGGAGGGGGAGGAAAGCCUCCCUCUCCCCCUGCCCCGACCCAUGCCCCCAGAGCCUAGCUCCAGCAUUUUCUCUCUGAUUAAUAGGUUUCCUCCCAGCAGGGAAGGUAGCUUGGGUGGGAAACAGCCAGCCGGCCAAGGCAGGGGUGGCAUGAUGCUCCGGUGCAAGGCAUGGUAGGGCUGAGGGGAGUUUUGCUAUGAGGGCACGGUGCAAAGGAGAUAGCAGGAUGUUGCUGCCACCUGGAAGGGGUUGUGUCCCUGCAUGUGCUUGGUGCCAGGGGACACGUUUAAUUUGCUGAAUUGCAAGCACUUGAGGAGGAGAAGGGGAUGGGAAGCAGCCGGGGGUGGCACCACGGACCCCUCCUCUUUGCCCCCUUGCAAGGGCCUGCUGUGUGGCCGAUGGUAUCAGACUUGCAGCCCCAGAGACUGGAGCCCUCUGGGUCUCGGGGUGCUGGGGGCUGCUCCCCCAGCCCCUGAACCUUGCAGGCACUGAGCGGUCAGCCUCCGGGGAGACCAGGACAGCUGGCGGGCGAGCCUGGCACGUUUUAGUCCGUGCAGCCAUCUCUAGGCCAGGCACAAAGGGUGCCGCAGCAUAGGGUGCAAACGUUUGCACCCAAGUACAGUGCAGAGGGUUAUUAAGGGUCCCUUCUGCCUGGUGCUUCAGGUCUCUUCCCAGCGCACAGAGCUGGAGUUAGCUCUUCCAAAAAAACAAAGGGCUGCCCCUACUGAGGGUUGGCCCUUGCAAGGUUGGCCUUUCUGGUAGCAGGGAUGAGGGAGUGCAAGCCCCGUGCUUGGGAAGUCACAGCCUGGUGUGCGGGAGGAAGUGCCGGCUGCCAUCGCAGCGGUAGGGCAUGUAAGCAGAAGGCUUUUAGGACUACCUAAGGCUCAAGGUGUUCCCCGUUCAGGGCUAUGAAUCAUCUGAGCCCUUGCACAAUGGGGGAGACCAGCCUUAGCUAGAAUGGCUAUAUCGAUCUAGACUCGUGGUAGAGGUGAUCUCUCUUAUUACAAACAGUUUGCAAAAAAAAAUUUUUGCAAAAAUCUAGUUGGUCUAAUAAAAGAGAUCACCUCCACCACGAGUCCUGAUGGCUUUUGCCUCUAGACCAAGGCGGCUACAACCUGAAUACCUAUAUCUAGCUAUGCUCGAUACCUAUAGCUAGCUAUGCUUGCGCUCAAGGGAUAUCUACCUAACACCUUUAAAAGGAGACCUUGGGAACACAAAUGCAUCAGCUGGCUGGACCCUAAGGACCAACAGCUAAAUAUUGACACUGGGUCUAUGGCACAUUGUAAUUUAUCCAUCUCCUGGAUUCUUCCCACACGAGGAAGCUGAGAUUUGACUCUUUUGGGAGGUCUUGAUCUCCCCCGGUAAUCGGUUUCUUUGCUCAUUGUGUGUCUGCUACCUCUGAGAGUUUUUCUUGGUCCCUUUCCUCUGCCGUGUUUCCCGAGGCCGUGCCUGGCUUCCUGUGAUCGGAGACCUGAUGGAGAAUGUCUUGCAUUGGAAAGGCUUGUCUAACUUUAUCCUAACGACAUAACCUAGUUGAUCCAAUAAAAGACAUCCCCAAAUAAA